AUGACAUCAGAUCCAGUAGUCAGCGUGGUUGAAUUGGCCGAUCAAUAUAAGAGUGAAUUUGAAAAUGGCUUUAGCAAGUUGCUGAAACAUGCUGUAACAUUUAUUAAUUCAGCUAGUAAGGUACGAACAUACGAGCAGUUCAACGUUCUUCACUAUGAAUUGUUGAAAAAACGUGAUGAGAUGAUAGUAAAGAUACAGGAUACUCAAUCUACCUUACCCGAAUUGGAUACCAUGAAACUUAUGAGGACCUUCUCCUGGGUGGCUGUUAUGUUAUUGGGUCUGAGCUUCGGAGCAUUCCUUGGUGGCAUUCUUUUUUCGUCCUUGCUUGAAUUUUUCAUAAGCGGUUCAGAUGCCGUCCUACUGGCAUACUUUCUCCUUCCGCUUACUAUCUAUUACUUCCUACAUCUACCGCUGGAAAUAACAGCAAAGAAUGACCUUCUUCGACGACAUGUGCUAUUUUCGUUUGCUGCUUUUGAGGGACUGUUGACAGGAUAUGUCUUCUCAAAUAAGGAUCUGGUCGGUAUGCCACCAAUUGCAGCUUUUACACCGAUGGCUAUCGGACUAAUUCCUCAUUUUGGAUCAUCGAUAAUCGGUAAAGAUCACGCAAAGCUCGUAUGUUUGACCAUUGGUGGUGGAUUAUUUAUACAUUUAUCCUUUGGAGUCAUCAUCGACUUAUCAUUACCUUACCUUCUACUCGCUGGUCUCUAUGGAUUCAUUGGUUUUGCUGUAUUGCAGCUGUAUGUAAAUAAUGCUGGGAAAGACCUUACAAUUACGCAUACGUAUCAACUUUCAUUCGUUUGCGCCGUAAUAUUCUCGCAAGCUUUGGUCUAUGGCAUUUUUGGCUUCGAUACGAAGGAAUUAGCAGAAGCAGCGUCACAUUCCUCAUUAUCAUUCUUUUGA